GAUUACAAUAAUCCGCCGCAAGCGGAUUUCCUACAACAUGGCUCAACGACGGGGAUUGUGGGUAAUGGAGUAUAAACGAUACUAAUGCGAUGCGUUCAUGGUUCGCUGAGCCCAUAUAUAAAUACAUAUAUAAAUCAAAGGCUUUCACACUGUUCAACCAGAACCGGGACGGAUUCAUCGACAAAGAAGUCCGAGCUAACAUCACAGGCCAGGAAGUAACAAAGUCCAUGUACUCAGUACUGUCAGUAAAAUCUGACCUUUGACCAGAAUCACUGAAGUUUCAUCACAGCUCAUAAAGUCACUUUGUUCACUACAACCAGUACCUUUGUUUUCAGAACCAGUAAACUUAGUGUGAAGGACACGUUGAAGGUGAAGGUCCCAUCAACUUCACCAUGUUCCUCAACCUGUUUGGAGAAAAGCUGCACGGAUCCAGGACCCUGGGCCAUGGACGCCUAAGAUACUGGAACCUGGAUUAUAACCUUGUGCACAUGCGCAGGUUAAAGACGUUACUGGUGACACAAGCCGACAAGUUCACAUCUAAAGAGGUGAAGUUCCAGUCAUGAAAAAUCAACGCUGCAGAAAACCUGGAUUAUAAGUUUCUGUGUUACAUUAUCACCCACAGGGAAGAACAUGAAGAGCAGUGAAUGUGCUGAGAAUGUUGUGGUUGUGAUGCAUUAAAGUUCCUGCUCAAAGCUGAA